GAGAAAGAGAGAAGAGAGAGAAACAUUAAUUGGAAAUUAGAUGUUAGAUCGAUCGAUCGGACUUUUGAGGGAGGCAUCGUCGGUUGACAUACCAAUAUGCAAAAAAACGCGUAAUUUCAUCAUAACUCAAUUUCUUCUUCUUCGAAUCUCUCUCUCACUAUAUCCAACACUCUGAUAAACGAACUCCUCUCUCUCUCUCUUCCCAAAUCACCUGAAAACCCCAGUUAACUCCAGCCAUUUUCCCAGAUUCGAAUCAAUGGGGCGCCACUCUGUAUCCGCCGCGGAAUCCGCUUCCGACGACGCCACCGCCGGCCCAUUCCGCUCGAUCCGAGACCGUUUCCCCUUCAAGCGCAACAACAGCAGCAGCAAUUACAGCAGCACCAAUACCCUCACGCGCUCGUCGUCCAAGACGACGCUGUCCUCGCACAAAGCCUCCCGAUCUCACCACCACCACAAGCGGAAGCUCUCAUUGUCGCCGUUUAGAGGGAAAUCGUGCUUCUACUUGUGCAUUUUCACCGUGAUUUUCACCUUCGCCCUCGCCUCGAUGGUUUUGCAGAGCUCGAUCACCUCGGUUUUGCGGCAGGGAGUUGGCGGUGAUAGAAUGCGGUGGAGGUGGUCAGUUAAGGACGGGUUGAAGGAAGGGAGCUCGUUGGAGUUUGUGCCUCGACGGCGGUUCGAGCUGAACGGAAGCCGCGUAGAUUGGCUCAGAAGCCAGCCGAGAAUUGGCAUUCGCCCUCCGAGAAUUGGUCUAAUCUUGGGGAACAUGGAGAAAGAUCCUUCAGCACUGCUGCUAUAUUCCGUGAUGAAGAAUUUAAAAGGUCUCGGAUAUCUGCUUAAGUUGUAUGCCCUGGGAGAUGGCAGAGCACGUCCAAUUUGGCAAGAAAUUGGAGGUCAAGUCUCAAUUUUAAGCCCUGAAAGAUAUGGUUAUAUUGAUUGGUCAAUUUUUGAAGGUAUUGUUGUCGACUCCCUUGAAGCAAAAGAUGCCAUUUCUAGCCUUAUGCAGGAGCCUUUCUGCUCUGUGCCACUGAUAUGGAUUAUUCAAGAGGAUACUCUUGCCAGUCGCCUACAACUGUAUGAGGACAAGGGUUGGGACCGCCUCAUUUCUAAUUGGAAAAAUGCCUUUAAAAGGGCUGAUGUUGUGGUGUUUCCAGAAUUUUCUUUUCCGAUGUUAUACAGCGUGCUUGACACCGGAAACUUCUUUGUGAUUCCUGGAUCACCAAUAGAUGUCUGGGCUGCAGAAAGCUAUAGUAAGACCCAUUCCAAAUCUCAGCUGAGGAAGGAAAAUGGUUUUGAUACUGACGAUAUGUUGGUUCUGAUUGUUGGGAGCUCAUUCUUCUACAAUGAGCUAGCUUGGGAUUAUGCUCUAGCGAUGCAUGAUUUAGAACCUUUGCUCAUCAAAUAUGCGGGAUCAGAUGAAGCUGGAUUUACAUCCAAGUUCAUUUUCCUUUGUGGAAACUCCAGCAAAGAUUACAGUGAUGCUUUACAGGAUGUUGCUACUCGUUUGAGGCUAAAUGAACAAUCGGUGAAGCAUUAUGGCAUAAAUAGUGAUGUGAAUGGUAUAAUACUGAUGGCUGACAUUGUUCUGUACGGCUCCUCCCAAGAUGAGCAAGGAUUUCCUCCCUUACUCACAAGAGCCAUGUCAUUUGGAAUUCCUGUAAUUGCUCCAGAUAAGCCCGUCAUAAGAAAAUAUGUUGUUGAUGGAGUUCAUGGGGUAAUUUUCCCAAAAAAUGACCCCGAGGCGUUAAAGAAUGCUUUUUCCCUUUUGAUAUCUGAGGGAAAAUUAUCAAGAUUUGCACAUUCUGUUGGUUCAUCUGGAAGGCUACGAGCCAAGAACAUGUUUGCAGAAGAAUGCAUCAUUGGUUAUGCAAAGCUGCUGGAAUAUGUAUUUGAUUUCCCAUCAGAUGUUUUGCUACCUAGCCGUCCUUCACAGCUGAACAACAGUAUAUGGGAAUGGAGUCUCUUCAGAAUGGAACUUGACCAGAUAUCUAGUCACACAGAGAAUUUGUAUCUAGAAGGUUCGUCGGGUCCGAAUUCGGGUAUUGUUUACGACCUUGAAGAAGCCAUGUUAAACGACCCUACGUCUAGUAAUGAAACACAGGACCACUCUGAAAAUCCCGGAGAGGAUAUCCCAACAAUUUUGGACUGGGAUAUCUUGGACGAAAUGGAAAGCUCUGAGGAAGUUGACAGGCUAGAAAGAGAGGAGAUUGAGGAAAGAAUGGAGAAAAACAUUGGUGAAUGGGAUGACAUCUAUCGUAUUGCUCGAAAAUCAGAAAAGCUUAGGUUUGAAGUGAACGAGAGGGAUGAAGGUGAACUAGAAAGAACUGGGCAGCCAAUAUGCAUUUAUGAGAUCUACAAUGGUGCUGGGGGGUGGCCAUUUCUACACCAUGGUUCAUUAUACCGUGGAUUAAGUCUUUCCACUAGAUCCCGAAGAUUGAGUUCAGAUGAUGUGGAUGCAGUUGGUCGGCUUCCCAUCUUGAAUGACACAUAUUAUCGAGAUAUCCUCUGUGAAAUUGGAGGAAUGUUUUCAAUUGCUAAUGGAAUCGAUGACAUUCACAAGGGUCCCUGGAUAGGAUUUCAGUCAUGGCAUGCGGCUGGGAGGAAGGUGUCUUUAUCCAAAAAAGCCGAAGAGGUUCUAGAGAAAACAAUACAAGAAAACAGUAAAGGAGAUGUGGUAUACUUCUGGGCAUGUUUGGAUAUGGACGGUGGCAUUGUAGGAAACAAUGAUCUGCUUACUUUUUGGUCCACAUGUGAUAUUAUGAAUGCAGGAAGGUGCCGGACAGCCUUUGAAGAUGCAUUCCGAAGAUUGUAUGGCUUACCAUCAAACGUAGAAGCUCUUCCACCUAUGCCGGAAGGUGGUGGCCAUUGGUUGGCACUUCACAGCUGGGCUAUGCCCACCCCUUCCUUUCUCGAGUUCAUCAUGUUUUCCAGGAUGUUUGUGGAUUCUCUUCAUAGUCUACACAUAAAUACAUCGAAGCCAUCCGAUUGUCUUCUAGGCUUUUCCGCACCUGAGAAGAAGCAUUGCUACUGUCGACUUAUGGAACUCUUAGUAAACGUGUGGGCUUAUCACAGUGCACGUAAAAUGGUUUACAUCGAUCCACAUUCGGGGUUAUUGAAAGAACAGCACCCCGUUGAACAACGUAAAGGAUUUAUGUGGGCAAAAUACUUCGACAUCACUUUAUUAAAAAGUAUGGACGAAGAUCUUGCUGAGGCUGCGGAUGAUUAUGACCACCCGUACAAACCAUGGUUGUGGCCGUUAACUGGUGAAGUUUUCUGGCAAGGGGUGUAUGAGAGAGAAAGGGAAGAGAGAUAUAGGGUGAAAAUGGACAAGAAGAGGAAAACAAAGGAGAAGUUACUUGACAGGUUAAAACACGGGUACAGGCAGAAGACACUAGGAGGAGGAUAGGGGCAAAAACGUAAUGUUAUUGAUCGAAACAAUUUGUCUAUACACACAGCAUUGGAGUUUUUUCUUGCUGACACGAUCUUCUAACAUAACACACACGUAGAAGGCUAUGGAGCGGCUCAGAUGAAGCCCUUCUUCGACUUUUGAUCGCUCGAUUUUUUUUUUUUUUUUUGAGGUGUACCAAUUUUGACUACCAUUCUUUUAUUUUUGUCUAUACUAUUAGUAACUGAAACUUCCCCCCCCCCCCCCCCCCCCCUUUUUUUUCCAUCUCUAUAGAUUGUACAUUCCAUUCAUAGUAAUGGAAGAAUAUUACUGAAUUGCCAUCUUGUUUACGAAGGGUAUACGAGCUUACGGUUGAUAUCAGCGUAGUUACUUAAUUAAAGGCAAAUUAGCCAAAAUAAGAUGCUAGUUUAAAUUUA